AUGGAAAAAUGGUGGUUCAAUUCAAUGCUAUUUAAUAAGAAGUUAGAAUACAGGUGUGGUUUAAGUAAAUCCAUAGAUAGUUUUGGUCCUAUUGAAAAGAAGAGUGAAGAGCCAUCCAUUGUAACUGAUAAUGAUAGUUACAGUCAUGUUGAUUAUUUAGUAGAUGUCAGCAACAGACAGAAUUUCCUAUCUGAUAAAACCUUUUUAGUUAGAGAUCGUAAUAGUUAUAGUUAUUCCAUAUUUUUUGCUAUUGAAAAUAAAAUUUUGGAGAUUGACUAUGAUAGUCAAUUUAAUUGGAAAAAUAUCAUUAAUAGUUGCAUUGAGAAUUAUCUUCGUUCUCAAAUAUGUAUUGAUAGUGACAUUUUAGAUAAUAGUUUCAAAUAUAAUGAUAAUGACAGUGACGUUUAUAGUUACAUUUGUGGUAAGGUCACAAAUAGUAGUCAAAGCACCAGUACUGAUGUAAUAACUAUUACAAAUGAUAGUGAAAAAGAAAGUUUUAAUGAUGAUGACGAUUUUACUCAAAAAUAUAAACAUUUGUGGGUUCAAUGCGAAAGUUGUUAUGGAUUAAAUUAUAAGAAAUUUUUUAAAUCAAAAAUGAAUAUUUGUGAACACUGUGGAGAUCAUUUGAAAAUGAGCAGUUCAGAUAGAAUCGAACUUUUGAUUGAUCCAGGUACUUGGAACCCUCGAGAUGAAGACAUGGUAUCUCUCGAUCCCAUUGAAUUUGAUCCCAUUGAAUUAGAUCCCAUUGAAUUAGAUCCCAUUGAAUUAGAUUCGGAAGACGAACCUUAUAAAACUCGUCUUGAUUCUUAUCAAAAAAGGACAGGAUUAUCGGAGGCUGUUCAAACAGGCACAGGUCAAAUAAACGGUAUUCCUGUAGCAAUUGGUAUUAUGGAUUUUCAGUUUAUGGGGGGUAGUAUGGGAUCCGUAGUGGGUGAGAAAAUCACUCGGUUGAUCGAAUAUGCUACCAAUCAACUUUUACCCCUUAUUAUAGUAUGUGCAUCUGGAGGUGCGCGUAUGCAAGAAGGAAGUUUGAGCUUAAUGCAAAUGGCUAAAAUUUCUUCUGCUUUAUAUAAUUAUCAAAUCAAUCAAAAGUUAUUCUAUGUAGCGAUACUUACAUCUCCUACUACUGGUGGGGUCACAGCUAGUUUUGGCAUGUUGGGGGAUAUCAUUAUUGCCGAACCAAAUGCUUACAUUGCAUUUGCGGGGAAAAGGGUAAUUGAACAAACGUUGAAUACGGAAGUUCCCGAAGGUUCACAAUCGGCUGAAUUUUUAUUCGAAAAAGGCUUAUUUGAUUCAAUCGUACCUCGGAAUCUUUUAAAGGAGGUUUUAGGUGAGUUAUUUCAGUUUCAUGGUUUCUUUCCUUUGACUCAAAAUGGAAAUUAA